CGAAAAGCAGGAUCCACCGGAUGCUUCAAGAGGUAGAAGUUCCCUGCUCCAAGAAGAUUCCUUGUCUGCUUCUCAAGAUGCUAUUCUUGGUCAACAGAGGCGACGUGGACGAACCACUUCACUCCUUGACUCAACAUCAACAAGUGAAAAUGUACAAGGACGAGACGGAGAGCGACGCGAUAGUGACUCCAGUGUCCUUGAUGAAGUUGAC